AUGGCAAACCAGGCGUCCGUUCCCGUCUUUUUCGGGCCAGAUGAACAUCUCAGUACCGAGGAACGCAACCUCCAGAAGCACCGCGAACAGGUCGAAAUUACUCGUUGGAAGCACCGAUUUCACAAGAUCGACGCCAUCAAGCCAGGCGAAACUGCUGAGGCAUUUCAAAUUCGCUGUUUAAACAAACGAUUGAUCCAUUUGGAGCGAGAGAAGGCUCAAAGGGAACUUCGGUUGCAAAUCUCCAACGCUCCAGUGCACCUGCGUGAGGCGGAAUCCCAGCGGAAGCACAUUCUACGGCUGCUGCAUGCGACGGAGGAGUACGAUAGGCUGAUAGAAGCCGCCAAGACGGACAUGGGCGAACUGGCGUCCCAAAUAAAGCGUGCAAAUGUCGAGCUGAAAAACGCCACCAAAGCAGUGCCGUCGGAUUUCGUGCACGCCGAGGCGUUGGAAAAAUCGCGCAAGGAGCUGGCCGCGAUGGAAAGCCGGCUGCACAGCUCCCGCACGUUGGAGGGCAAGUUGCACGCACAGAACCGGAAGCGACGGGAAUGUAUCGAAACUAUGCUCGGUGAGCGCAAGCUGUACAACCGGCAGUGGGUCGCGUACGUACAGGAGCUCAAUCGGAACAAGAAAUUUCUCCUCGACAUGAUCGAACGUGCCACGUUGGCGUUCAACCAGGGAGAAGAUCUGUGUCACCGCAUCGAUUCGCUUAAAGCGCAGGAAAAUCGCGACAAGCGAGCCCGAGUGCAGGAGAUGAUAGAGGUCGAACGGUGUAUAGUUGGCACGCGGCAUACCAACGAGUUCCUGCGUACGAAAGGGUUCUGCAGAACGGUCGCCGAGCUGGACGCAAGGUUGGUUCGCAAACGCGCCCUGUUCAAGCGAACGCACCAAGAAAAGAUCCACCGGUUUGGCGGCAUCAUCGACGACACAAGGCAGUACCUGCAGCUGGACGCGAUACAGGAAGUACUUGCGGAGAUAGAGAAGCAGCAGGACAAGUACAUGGCGCUCUUCCGCUACAUGAAUGCGACGAACGCCAAAAUUGAGGAGGCCAAUUCCGUUGCCCGCGACAUGGAAAAGGACAGUGAGCGUUUGCACGAGAGCGAAAGGCGCAAACGGCUGUCGGACGAACGGCACGUGAAGCAGGAAGAGCAACAAUUGCGUGCUGCCCAGCUUCAGAGCGAAGAGCUGCAAGCACAGGUCCUCUGUCAGGAGGAAGAUCUCGAGCUGAAGCUGGCAGUAGUCGAACAAGCCCUAUCACUCGUCGGGUUUGAUCGCGCUAAGAUCGCUCAGCUCAUGGCAGGAUCCAGCAGUGACGAUCGCAGUCAACUAACGCAGCCAAGUCUGUUGAAGGCUUUGGCGGUUGUAGAACGGAAAGUGCUCGAUCUGGUGCAGAUGGUGUCUACCGCAGCACCUGCAGAAGAGGACGGCCCCAUCAGUGCGCUGUACGGAAGCCAACAGUGUGCCGAAUGUGCCGAAGGGCAGGACGUCAAUCAGCACGACGAACGUAUAGUACUUCCGAUGGAACACGGGACGUUGGUGGAGAACGUCCAGAAGCGCAUCACGGCACCAGAGAUGCAGUAUCGGUUACACACGCUGAGCCAAUGCAAAUUGCCACGGUCUCGGAUGCUGGUCAACAAGCGCUACCAGUAA